UUGCGCUUUUAUUUUGAAGGCGACCAAAGCACAACAUACAAAGCAUAACGUAAUGCAAAGUCGGAACAAUCAUGGUGGCGCCUGGCUUCACUUCGUUUUUCCGUGUGGACUAUGGAGGCAGAAUUUUGAAUUGUGUUAGAAUACAUUUCCGUAUGACAUUAGAUUCGGUCUUCCUUCAGCGGAAGUUUAGGGUUGCCAAGCACCACUUUGCGGUCCGCGGCAAAGCUCUGGAAGUGCAACGCUAGUGACUCUGGGUAAGUCGUCAAUUAAUACUAAAUACACAUGUCGGUUUGCUCAACGCUGGUAUAAAUUUUGCGUCAUUAAAACGACGUUAAGUAGUUUUGUUCAUAGUUUCUCAAAUUUCACUUGUUAGUUUUACGAGCCGGUCGUUAUUAAUUGUCCGCGUCAAACGAACGAUUGCAUGUUAUCGUACCUAAUGUUGUGGUUUUAUUGCCAACUAUUAGUCUGGAUGGAGAGAGCCGAAGAGCAAUUCGCAGUCGGGGAGGGGUGGGUGGAGGCAGAAGAGAAGCAAAACGAGCUGCUUGUUGACAGUGAACAAGAGGAGGCCGACGCUGGAGCAAAUAUGUCCCCUCCACGGCCAGGAUCAGAACCCGUUGAUGUGGGCCAACGGUCUCAGGCCGACAACACUGGUGCUGAUGGAGACCCUGCUGCAACUGGACUUACUGGUCUUGAACAGGACAAUACUUCCCGGGUUGGGUCACCAAGUCACUUUGUAAACUCAUCGGAGGACGAAGACCCACUGAUGGAGGAUGAAGAUGAACUGAUUGUUCUUGAUUCUGAACAUCCUCUGGCUGCAAAGAAGCAAGCUGCGCUGAAGAAUCAACUCAUCAAGGAACUGGAGAGGCUCACACUGGAUCUAAGGGAAGAGUUGGGAAUUGAGAAGGCAGAGGUGAGCCAAACAGAAGAAAUAUACGUGCAGUUGUUCAGGGAACAGGAGAGGCUCAAACGACUCCAGGCAAGACUAGAUGGCCAACAGCAAACCAAGAUCUUGGCUGAAGGCAAACGUCGACAGGUGCAAGAGGAACUUGAAGUGGUAAGAUCUUGCCAGUCCAGCACCACCAGCCAGUGCAACAAGGAGAGGGCCAACGUAUCCAACCUACAAACAGAGCUGGACAAACUGAACUCACACCUCAACUUCACACAAGAAGUUGGUGAAGAUCUGCAUUCUAAUGUCAAAGCCAUGAAGAAUGUCACACGCAAAACAGCAGCUCAGAAGUCCCACGUCGAAGAGCAGAAACUCAAACAGGACAUUUAUGUGGAUCACCUCACAAAGGGCUUGGAGCGAGUGACACAACAGAAGGAUAUGUAUGAGGUCCAGACCAAAGCCCAGGCAGAGACAACGGCGGCAACCAAGGAGGCUCUUUCUGAGGCGGAAAUGCAAAUGGUGUCUCUGGCGAUGUCACAGAAACAGCUUUUACAGCAUUGGAACAGGAGCCUGGUGGAUUUGAGGAGGCGAGAUGAAGACUUCAGAGCAAUGCAGGAGGCUCUUCGCAUGGCUGAGCACCAGGUGAUCGUGCUGGACAGCGAAAUUAAGGGUAUGAAAAAAUCCAUCUCUGAGCUACAGGAGGAAAGUGAAACUUUGACCAUGCUGCUUAACUGCACCGAUAUGGACUGCGACGUCUCCAAGAAGAUGAUCAGUCAGAAGCAGAGCCAGCAUGAAAUUCUGCUGGCCGAGUACAGCAUCUACCUCCGUGCUCUGGGGCAGACUGAGCGGACACUUGCAGAACUCACUAAGGAGGACAAUACUCUUCAAGCUGAGGUCGCUGAUCAGAGACGAAAGUUGGAGAAAAACAAAGAUAAGCACUUGCAGUUGGAGAACAGCAUCAUGACUCAAAUGCUACAGACGUUCAUGGACAACAAGGCUGCUCAGUAUUAUCAGCGACUUACCAACCAGAAAGCCUCCCUCAAAAAGGAGAAGGUCUAUCAGUUGUGGCAUUUAGAGAGUCAAGUAAUGGCCGCCAAGGUGGAAAGUAAAGUGAUUGACGAGAAACUGGAAAACUUGGCCCGAUCUCAGAAGGAGCUCGAUGAAGAAAUCGCAAAGUACAACAAGUUGGUCGAAUCAAAUCAGGCUGAUAGUUCCUCCAGUGAUGCACUCAUCACACAGAAACAGACUGCUAUCGCUAACUACAACAAAAAAAAGGAUCUCAUUGCAGCUCGCACUGGGCAUGAAGACCUCAGUCCUCUGCAAAUCAAAGUUGAGGCAAUAAAGACUCAAACUGAGGAAUUAGCCGAAAAAAUCAAGAAUGAUCAGCAGCUGUGGCUCAAGCUUCAGGAAACACUCGUGGGACUGACCCUGGAGAUUCAGGCAUACAACAAGGUGUACAACAAGCUUCAAGCAAAGUACACUGUGACCUGUCAAAAGAAGAUUUAUCUGGAGCGCCAUCUUGAAAUUGCCCAACGUGAGGAGAAUGAGGUGGAGAAGAGCAAUAAGAUGCUUCAAAGAGACCUGCUGAAGCUCAACACGCUUGUGAGCAAAAACACGCAGCUGCGCGACGCUUUGGAGCAGGAGAACGCUACGAUCGAGACUGACUUCCUUCACAAACUCAAGUUGGCAGAGCGGGAAACUAUCGAGAUGGAGUGUAAACUGGAGAAGACCCGGGGGGAAAAAGAGCAACUCCUCAGCAGUUUGGUGGAGGCUGAGCGACAGAUCAUGCUGUGGGAAAAGAAGGCUCAGCUUAUGAAAGAGACGCGUUUAGUUGUGGAAGAGGGUCAUGGAGACAUCCAGAUAAGCAAAGAUAACAUUCACCGGAUGGAGCGGCAGCUCAAUCAGCUGAUGAAGCAGCGGGAGCAGCUAGUGAAGGAGAGUGUCCUAGUCGUGGAAAGGAGGGGAAACAUCAUCGAGCGCAGUGAUGCCCUGGCUCGAAGCACCAAAAAGCUCAUUACGAAGGGAACGCUAAAUCUCAUCAAUGAUGGCUUGCGGCGCAAAAUAAAAGAAACACAAAAGAUGGUCAAAGAGUGGGACCAGGAGCUCAAAGAACUGCAAGACAGCCAGUUGAAUCUGAGCAACAUUGUUGCACAUCAGAAGCAGCAGCUGAUGAACCUGUCUGGCACCAGUCGUGACCUUGAGACUGAUCUGGAGAAAAUCCAGAAUGCCAAAAACAGGGACCAAGCUUACCUCAUGGAAUUCCAGAGCAGGGCUAAGAAACUCCAAGAGGUGACUGAUGGGAAAUAUCGACCGUCAUCCUCAACGAGUCAAACAGUGGAAGCCGCGACACGGAACCUAAACGAGCGCUUGCUUGCUAUCGGCACCAUUAUCCACCGUGUGUGUGAGGAGUUCCCCAUUCACAGAGAAGCUCUCUGUGCUCUGUUACUGCCUUUGGAAGCAGGCGCACACAGUCUCCAAGAACAGGAAGCAACAAGUUAGUGAUAUGCAAAAAGUAUAAUGACCUUUGAAACUCAGAGCUCCCUAUUUAGGCCUGAUGGAUUACGUGGAGGCAGUGGUGUAACGGUAAUACGUUCAUGAGCAGGGCAAGAUGUCUUUUGGCGAAAGGCAAGGGACACCCUGGACUGGUUGUCAGUCAGUCACAUGUGCACAUAAAGAGAAAGGCACCCCAUUCAUGCUCGCCUACAGGCACUGUCAACAAUGAGUGGGAAGUGAACCCACACCGCCUGCUCAAGUCAGGCAACUAACCCCCUUCGCCAUCAGUGAUGCAAGUAAUUGUAGCGGGUAUACAGUGAAACUCCUCUACAAUGAAAUCAUACAGCAACGAAAG